UCUUCUCCAUUGUUACUCCUUUCCCUCACGCAUUUCAUUUCCCCUGCACCAAAACUCAACACCAUCAAAGCCACCUUUCCUGUAUAGGAAACAAUGAGUCUAAAGAUCUUUGCACGAACUUUAAUCCAAAAUUCGGUUAUAAGUAGAUCUUACUAUACGAACAGAGUCAACAAAACCACUUUGUACUCCAAAAUCAGUCCGCUGGGGAACCCUAAGACGAGUGUUGUUCCAGAGCUUGAAAGUUGGGUGAAAAAUGGAAACAAGGUUCGGUUCGCGGAGCUUCAACGUAUCAUUCACGAUCUUCGCAAGCGAAAGAGAUUCACUCAGGCUCUUGAGGUUUCUGAGUGGAUGAACAAAAAGGGAAUUUAUGUUUUUACUCCGAGUGAACAUGCUGUGCAACUGGAUCUGAUUGGCCAUGUUCGUGGAUUUCUCUCUGCCGAGAGCUAUUUUAAUAACCUAAAGGACCAGGAUAAAACAGACAAGACAUAUGGUGCUCUUCUGAAUUGCUAUGUACGGCAGCGACAAACUGAUAAAUCUAUUACCCACAUGCAUAAGUGUAUGAAGGCUGCUCUUUCUCUGCAUGCGGGGAAUAAAGGAUUGAAACCGAAUCUUAAGGUGAUUUUAAGCAUUUUAAAUUGGCUUGCUGAUGAGGGUAGUAUUGAAGAUGUAGAGGAUUUUGUGGCUUCAUUGAGGACUGCUAUUCCAGUAAACAGACAAAUGUAUCAUGCCUUGAUUAAGUCGAGUCUAAGAUGUGGUAGAGAGGUUGAUGGGCUUUUGGAACAAAUGGAGGCUGAUGAGAUAGAUGAAGAUGAAGAAACAAAGAAGAUAUUGUCUGUGAGGCAGAAGUGAUUGAAACAUAGGAAGAAUUAUGCUGCCGAUUUUGCAAAUUCCAACCAAAUUUAUUACUUGGUAGGCUAGUAGCCUUUUAUGGUGCAAUUUAUGGCAGUUCAAUUUUGUUUGUUUGCAUUGCUGAAUAGUGACAUUUGCACCUAAUUUAUUAACAUCACUGGUACAUUUUCUGAC